CGCAAGAUGGGCGCGCUCGUCGCGGCGGGUAUAACCGGGACGCGAGGCAAGGACAAGGACACCGCCCGGGAUCGAACCGGCGACCUGAGGAUGGAUCCGAGACUGUUCAAGGCGGCGCCUCCGCUGUCCAACAAGAAGCUGGUGCGAAACGCGUUGCGCCACGUGUGCCUCGCCGGCGCCGCGAUGCGGACGCAGCUGGACGAGGCUUUGACGGCUCUCGACGCCGUCGCCCCCGACGUCGCCACCGUGUUCGUCAUCCUGUUCAGGGAGAACACCAGCCCGCACAAGUACAGGGCUCUGUACGCGUUGGUUUCCGGCGACGGGGGCGUGGAUGACGCGGACGGAGUGCUGGUCAAGAUUCACGGCACGGGCGGGCCGGCUCGCGUGGGUUUGCAGUGGGUGGACGCCACGAUGAAGUACGACAGCGGGCAGAGGGAGUUUAAGCCGCUGGCGACGAGCGGGAGGCUUACGCCGCUGACGGCGGCGGUCACGCUGGUGAGCAAAAAGUAGACGGAGGUGAGGCGAGUACCCCCGCCGAGGGCGUCGCGAGCUGACGAGUAAUACAAAGGCAAUGUUGAGCAUC